AUGUCCUAUUCUGCCAAUUCCGGAGGUUUAAUCGGACCCAGAUCUUCCGAUGGUCUUGUGGACCUUCCUCUUGGAGGUGGCUUGUUGAAUUGUGUUCUCCAAAGUCUCACAGGUCCGCUGCAAGACUUGGAUAUUCCAACCCCGCAAAUCAUCGACUUGAAGGCGAUUCCGGGUGAUGACCCGGAUCACCAAUUCCAAGCCCCUGGCCCGACCGACGUGCGUGGUAACUGCCCGACGCUGAACACUCUGGCAAACCAUGGAUAUCUUUCUCGAGAUGGUAUAACUUCCUUCGCCGAGGCCGCAAAUGGUAUCUCGAUCGCAUACGGCUUCGACUACCCGUUGUCGGUCUUUUUAUCUGCCUUGGGCUUAAUGGCAGGCGGCGAUCUAAUUUCUGGAAAAUACUCAAUUGGCGGUGCUGACUCGCGUGUUCCUAAUACUAUCGGCCCUGCUGGGGGCAUUGAUAAGCAUGGAGUCUUCGAAAUCGACGGCAGCAUCACACGCCAGGAUACAUACUUCGGGAACAAUGCCAAUUUCAUCCUGCAGCGAUGGGAGGAGUAUGUGAAAAUCGCCGACCGUAAUGGUGGACUCUUUGGGGCACAAAUGCAAGCGGAAGAUCGACUGAGUUUUCAGACUAUCAGUCCUAUUCGAUUUCUCCUAACUAAGAUGUCAAUUUCCAGGCUCUACGUUUCUCACGCUGAACGUGUCUUUGUCUAUGAAGGACUCACGAACGGGACUACCCCCAACAAGCCCGACUAUGCCAAUAUCGCUCCUUUCUUUCUCAACGAAACUUUUCCCGAGAACUGGUACCGUCGUGGAGAGGCGUUCACACUGGCUUCCACUUUGGCCGAAGCUCUCGACCUCUUUCUCCUGCAGUCGCGUGAGCUAGGUGCGAAUGAGGGACUGAAUAAUUUCGUUCCACUUGAGCUUGAUCUCGGUUCAAAAACUGUUCCUCAAUUGGGGUGCUUCCUAGUUGAGAAUAUCUUUGACGUUGUACCCGAUCAAGUUCAGCCUACCAUUGCUGAUAACUAUGAGCUAUUCGAGGGAUUUGUCAAAGGCAUUCUUGCACCUCUGGUCACGAAUGAUGGUUUCUUCAAUUGUCCCACGAUUAAUUUCGUGAAGCCAGGUGAAAAUGCGGAUCAUUCGGAGAAUGGAAGUCAAAGUGCGCAUGGUUCUCUGAUUAAUGGUGCUUAUCCCGGCAUUGGCAUCAUAAAGCCAGACUCUGAGCCGUCUUAUAUCAAUUUGGAUUUUGGGAAAUCUGAAAGUAAACAGAGGGUAAAUGAGAUAUCUAUUGACAGGUAA